UCGCUCCGAGAAGGUGGCUCCGCGCCACGCAGCGAGCAGCUCGAACAGUCGGAACUCGGUAGCGCAGUGCCGCCCGGCGCGGCGGCCAGUGAACGCGUCCGCAGUCACGUAGUGAACCGACCUGCCAGUGCGAGUCGCGGACAAAGUGCGUCGGGUCGGGGAUAAUGGUGAACAUGGAGGGAUCGAACGAGCAGCUCACGGUCUCGGCCUCGCCGCCGCCCGCGCGCACCAGCCUCGGCAAGAGCAACUUCAGCAUCCGCGACCUGGUGCCGGAGGCGUGCGCCGGCACGUCGAGCCGCAGCCACUCGCCGCUCGACGAGCGCAGCGACGACUCGAGCGAGGACCUGGACGUGACGGGCGACGCCGAGGGCGCGGACACGCCGCCGCCGCUGGACUGCAGCGCGCGCGGCGCCGACGGGCCGCGGCCGGCGGCGGGCGCCGAGCCGGCCGACGGCGCCAAGAAGAAGGCCGAGAAGCCGCCCUACAGCUACAACGCCCUCAUCAUGAUGGCGAUCCGGCAGAGCCCGGAGAAGCGGCUCACGCUGAACGGCAUCUACGAGUACAUCAUGCGCAACUUCCCCUACUACGAGAACAACAAGCAGGGCUGGCAGAACUCGAUCCGGCACAACCUGUCGCUGAACAAGUGCUUCGUGAAGGUGCCGCGGCACUACGACGACCCGGGCAAGGGCAACUACUGGAUGCUCGACGCCAGCAGCGAGGACGUGUUCAUCGGCGGCACCACGGGCAAGCUGCGCCGGCGCAGCACGGCCGCCUCGCGCUCGCGGCUGGCCGCCUUCAAGCGCAGCGCCGUGCUGCAGGGCCUCUACCCGGCGGCCUACGCGCCGCACGUGUCCUGGCCGGCGACCGCCGCCUCGCUCUACGGGCUGCCCUACCUGCCGCGCGCCGCCUACGCGACGCCCGCCGGCUACGCGCCCGGGCUGCUGCCCUGCAAGCCGCAGCCGCUGCCGGCGGCGCCCGCGGCCAGCCCGCCGCGCGCCCACGGCGGCUUCUCGGUGGAGCGGCUGCUGCAGGCGCCGGCGGCGGCCUACGCGGGCCCGGCGCCGCCCGCCGCCGCCCCCUACGAGUUCUACGCGACGCUGCGCAGCCUGGCCGCGCACCAGCACCAGGCGGCCCUCUUCGCGCAGCACCAGCAGCACCAGUCGCGGCUCUACGCGCAGCAGCCGCCGGCGCUGGGCCGCGCGGCCUCGGCGGCGGCCUCGCCGGGCAGCAGCCCCGAGCCGGCCUCGCCGCACGCGCCGCGCUCGCCGCCGCCGCCGCCGCCGCCGCCGCCGCAGCUGCUGCUCAAGCCCAUCACCGUGCUGACGGGCCGCCAGAGCUGAGGCCGGCCCGCCUUCGGGGCCCGGCCGUCCUAGUCGCCGCGACGCACCAGUGAUCGCCCUCGCACUCGCGCCUCUUGUACAGUUCCGCUCCCCUGUAAAUACUCUCGUGGCGCCUGCCUCCAGUACUCCUCGGUGUAAAUAUUUCUGUAGAUAAAACACGUUGAAAGCUUUAUUAAACUUUAAACGACUGCAACGAUAGCCGGGUACUUUGUCGUACCGUCUGGAUUAUUCUUGCCAAUUUGUACAUACGACCAUUAUUGCAAAGAUUAUUAUUAUUAUUAUUAUUAUUAUUAUUAUUAUUAUUAUUAUAUCAAUUAGUACUAAUGCAAUACUAUCGAUGUCGACGAAUCGAAGCCAUCUGUAAAUAUUAUGCAUAGAUUUAUUUCGAUGCAGAACGAGGAGAGAUAAGACAUGUUGUAGACACGUACAUUGAAUAA